UGUGUGCGUGCGUGCGUGCGUGUGUGUGUGUCAUAUUGGGUAAGUUAGUUCUAUGAUGAAACCCUGUACUUGAUGGACACAAUACCUAGACAGCCUUCUGUGAUGUCUUGCUCCAACUUCACUCACUCUUUCUCCACUCAUGUCCUGCUUGCACAAAUUCACCUUCACCAUCUCUACCAUGUCUAUAUUUUGGAAAUCUACUUUGGUUUCAAAGCCACUUCAUGUUGUUCAGUGAUGAUGAAAUCAAUGAUGAUGAAAUCAAACAAGUUCCUGUCCCUUGAGCGCUGUGUUCCUGUCCCCUGAGCGCUCCAAUGGUCUGACCUCUCUCAUGAGGCUGUGGAACGAACAUAGUAGGCUUAAUUGUUUAAUUUCAUCAUCAUUGAACAACAUGCUGUGUUUUGGGGGGUGCUGAUGGGUGGGGGGGGUUGAAGGAGUAUUAUUUAUUUGUCUUUGCUCAGUCUGACUGUGUGGGCCUGGCAGGUGGAUGGCAACUAUUCUUAUUGUAUGGUUAACCAUGGUUUCGAUUGAACUGUAUUAGUUGGGGUGGUUACUGCCUUGAUUAAUUAUCACUUGUAUUUCGCCUCGCCUUGCUAGCUUCGCGCUCUUGUGGGUGCUAGCAAGCAUGCGAGGUAGUGUUAGGUAUCAUCAGCCAAUCCUAUAGGGGCUGGAAGCUAUAGUGAACUUUGACUGGUCAAUAGCGCUGCGAUGUCGUGGAAUAUUUGCAUACAGUUCCGCUUUCCUCAAUUGACUUCCCACCUUGUUCACUCUCCCUCGCACAUGCUCACAUCACACAACGUUCUCUCAACGACUUAGCUUCUCUCUCAUUGAAAAUGAAUGGAUUCUGUUGUUUCAUCCCCCCUAUCAGAACCAGUUAACACCCGAAGUGUUAAGAAUACCUGGUGUGGAUGACACGGCAGUGGCUGCUUUCCUCAGAACCUGAUGGCCAAGGCAUUGUACGACAACGUCCCGGAGUCCCCGGAGGAGUUGGCCUUCCGGAAGGGAGACAUCCUAACGAUCAUUGAGCAGAACACGGGCGGCCUUGAGGGAUGGUGGCUCUGCUCGCUGCAUGGGCGCCAGGGCAUCGCCCCCGGCAACCGCCUCAAGCUGCUGAUUGGUCCCAUGUUCGACACCCAGUCCCCGGCCGCCCAAUCGUCACCUACGGGCUCAGCCUACCAGCAGAAGGUGGGCGUGUCUUCGUCCCAGGGGCUGUACCAGGUGCCGCCCUCCCAGAGCCCGGGUCAGCAGGGCAUCUACCAGGUGCCUCCAGGGCAGGAUGUCUACCAGGUCCCUCCACAAAGGAGCGUCCUGUCUGCAGACAACACCCCCAGCAAGGUGGUGACCCCAACACAAGUGGGACAGUCGUACGCCUACAGCCCUGGUCAGCACACCCAACAGGACCUCUAUGACGUUCCUCCCAUGAGACCACAGGGGGUGUAUGACAUUCCUCCUGGGAAAAUUAUGGGAUCGCCUUUUCCUGGACAACAUUGCAAUUCUCCCUCCCAAGGAGGAGUCUAUGAUGUUCCCCAAUCCACUCAGAUGGACCCCCGGACACAAGGGGUUUACGAUAUCCCUCCCUCUACGCAAAGGGUGUACUCUGUGCCUCCCUGCCGGAACACCCCAGCCCUCCAGGAGGGAAACUACGAUUUCCCCCAACCUCUCAAACAACACAAACAACAGGAGGGCAUCUACGACGUACCCCCACCCACCCUCACCAAACCCUCCCCGUCCCCCCAGUCCAAUUAUGACUUUCCCCCCAGCUCCGAGCCAAUCGGACCCCACCACCUCCAACGCCCUGUUGCCAGCGACAACGAAGGCAUCUACGACGUGCCGCCCCCCGCCCACCAGCUCUCAGGGGCGGGGCCUCGUGGCGAUCUGUAUGAUAUCCCCAGGGGGAUGCAGCAGCCCCCCUCCCAGCACCGCUCCACGCCCCAGGAGAGGGACAGGGACAGGGAGAAGGGCCAGGGCGUAUAUGACAUCCCACCUGCUCUGGGGGACAUGACAGACGGGGUGAACCGCCUGUCCUUCUCCAGCACGGGCUCCACACGCAGCUCCAUGUCCACCUCUUCCACCUCCACGGUCUCCAGCGCUGAGGGCCGGCUGGCCCUAGAUGUGGACCAGGCAGUCCAGAGGCUGUACCGCCUGCAUCAGGCCGUGGAGGCCUCUGUGGGGGCCCUGCAGACCCUGACCUCCUCCUCCCACUGGAGGACUUUCCCCUUCAUGGAGCGCCACACCAACGAAGUGCGCACCAUGCUGGACAGGGUACGGGCAGCCCUGGCAGACUUUGUGGUAUUUGGCAGGGGUGCUGUGGCCAACGCCACGGCCCUGUCAGACCCCAGCCUACACAGUAAGCUGAGGAGGCAGCUGGGAAGGCUGGAGGACUCCCAGCAGAUCAUCCUGCAGACCUACCAGAGCCUGGAGAACUGCGGCUGGGCCCUCAACGCCCUGGCCACCUCCAGCAGCACCAAGCACCAGAUUAAGAGUGACAACCUGGACCGCUUCGUUAUGGUUUCCAGGACGGUGCCCGACGAUGCCAAACAGCUGGCCUCCUCCGUGGGGGGUAACGCCGAGCUGCUCUUCAGGCGGACGCCAACCAUGAAUGGGUCCUCCUACCCCAGGGGGGGCACGCCAGAGGAAGCCGUCAUCCAUCCUCUCACCUCCCCGUCCUCGGACAGCGACAACUACGUAGGCCAGACCAAGCCCUUUCCUGUGCCCUCCAACCAAGACAAAGGCAACAUGAACAAUAGUGAGAAAUGUGUGAAGAGCUGGAUGGAGGACUAUGACUACGUCCAUCUGCAGGGCAAAGAGGACUUUGAGCGGCAGCAGAAGGAGCUCCUGGAGAAAGAGAACAUCAUUAAGCAGAGCAAGUUACAGCUGGGACAGGAACAGAUUAACCAGUUCAUACAGUUGGAGCAAGAGGUGAUCAAACCAGUGGAGAAUGACAUCACACAGUGGAUCGCCCACCAGCACCCGACAGGCCCCUCCUCCUCCCCCUCAGACUCCUCCUCCUCUCUCUCCCCUUCCCUGGCUGGAGGCGGGGCCCAGCUGUGUGCGCGGGACCGUCAGCUGCUGGGCUUCUAUGCGGAGCAGUGCCAGCAGCACUUUGUCACGUUGCUCAACGCAGUGGACGCUUUCUUCGGCUGCGUGGGCGCAGGCCAGCCACCUCGCAUCUUCGUGGCGCACAGCAAGUUCGUCAUCCUCAGCGCCCACAAACUGGUGUUCAUCGGUGACACCCUGUCCAGGCAGGCAGCCACGCCCGAAGUGGCCAACCGGGUGAUGAACUCCAGCAACGUGCUAUGUGACCUGUUGAAGACAGUGGUGGGAGCUACCAAGAUGGCCGCGCUGCACUACCCCAACACAGCCUACGUGCAGGACAUGGUGGACAGAGUCACGGAUCUCUCACACCACGCUCAACAGUUCAAAGAACAGCUGCUGCAGAUGGCUGCUUUGUGAUAGUUUGCGUUGUCAUUUGUCACUUCCUGGUCCCGCCUAUUUCACCACAGCAACCUGUUUAUAUACCCUAUAUACAGUAUCUCUCUCUCUCUAUAUAUAUAUAUAUAUAUAUAUAUAUAUAUAUAUAUAUAUAAAAUUGCUUAUUGUUAAUCUUAAAAGUACAUUUUUGGGCUGUUGUAAAUAGUAUCGUUUUCUCUGUUCUGUAAAUAUUAGGCUCUAUUUUUGUGUAGAUUGUUUUAUAUAAUUAAUUAUGAUAUGAAUAUAUAGAUGUGAUAUCCGUGGCUUUUUAGGGUUACUUGGACAUGUUUUCGUAACAUUCCAAUUUCAUAUAUUAUAAAGCAACUUAUGAUGAUGACAUGUCCGGUUUUUUUUCUUUCAUUUUCACCUGUAAAUUGUUGACGCACAAUACUGCUGGAAAUGACAGUAGUACUUUGUGUAAAUGGUUUGAUGUCGUACUUCUUUUAUUGAAAGCGGUAGGGUUCUCAACAGACAAAGUAAAGGACUGUUCUUACCCAUA